UGGCGGCUGUUCGGAAACCGCAUUAACUUUAAACCAUACUAGUAAUAACAGCAGCAACCAUCAGAGCCAUUUUCUUGCGGUGUAUUUUAAAUAUCUAAAUAUUGGUAUUUUAAUACGACUUAAGGUCUCGUUGAGUUUUUUAACGAUAUAAACAGGACGCUCUCUAAAAAGCUAACAUUAGCUGGACACGACUUGGAUUGGUGAAGGCAAGGAACAAAGCUCGAGGCAGUGUUGGUUUUAUAAUAAUGAUCAUAUUUUUGUUAAAAAUUCACUUAAAUUCACUGUGUACUUUUAAUUUGUUUAAAAUUGAGUCGGGCUACACAUUACGCUUCCCAUAUUCAGACUUUUAUUCACCAAGCCUCCGUUAAGUCAAGUGAGUGUAACGGUUUGAACACGUCAGUUAGAAAACGUAAGUUGAGCUUCGUUAGCUAGUCAAGAUAUUUAAUCACUUUUUUGUUGUAAUUUAGGCGAAAUUAACGCUAACUGAAAAGUAAAGGCUGUGAACACGCGCCUCCCAGCUGUUUGUUUACUCCCUAGUGGAGCCAACUGGAGCUGCGGUUCAGUUUUAAAGUAGUUUUCUGAUGGAUCUACUUUACUUUAGCACUUUGCGUCGUUAAAUAACGUUAGCAUUUGGAUGGACAUACCUCCGGCAAUAAUGGAUGACUCCAAGCCAAGGUACAGCAAAAGACUGCGGGCCGGUACUCGGCGACGAUACCAUGACGAUGGCAUCUCAGAUGAGGAGAUUGAUGGAAGAAGGACGUUUGAUCUGGAAGAAAAAGUCGUCAGUGAGAGGUUCAGCUCUGACCGGGUCCUGCGCAUGCUGGGGAAAGACUUGACAUAUGAGUUUGUUCAGCGAGGCGGUCUGAGAGACCCGAUCAUCUUUGAGAAGCCUGAUGGACUCGGAAUCAAGAUGCCUGAUCCAGACUUCAGUGUCAAUGACGUCAAGAUGUUUGUUGGUAGCAGACGUAUGAUAGAUGUGAUGGAUGUGAGCACUCAGAAGGGGACAGAGAUGUCCAUGGCUCAGUGGACACGGUACUACGAGACCCCUCCGUGUCAGAGGGAGAAGCUCUAUAACGUCAUCAGCCUGGAGUUCAGCCACACCAAGUUGGAGAACCUGGUCAAGAGACCUACCACAGUCGAUCUAAUAGACUGGGUGGACAACAUGUGGCCUCGUCAUCUGAAAGAGAGACAGAGAGACUCAACCAACUCUAUCAAUGACAUGCAGUACCCCAAAGUACAGAAAUAUUGUCUGAUGAGUGUCGAGGGCUGCUACACAGACUUCCACAUAGACUUUGGAGGGACGUCGGUGUGGUACCACAUACUCAGAGGGAGCAAGGUGUUUUGGCUGAUCCCUCCCACGCCUCAGAACCUGGAGCUGUAUGAGAACUGGGUGCUGUCGGGGAAACAGGGAGACGUUUUCCUGGGAGACCGAGCGACUGAUUGCCAGAGGAUUGAACUGAAGCAGGGCUGCACCUUCAUCAUUCCCUCUGGUUGGAUUCAUGCCGUCUACACCCCUGUGGACUCCAUGGUGUUUGGAGGAAACUUCCUGCAUAGCUUCAACAUCCCAAUGCAACUUAACAUCUGUAAUAUAGAAGACAGAACGCGGGUUCCACUGAAGUUUCGUUUCCCCUUCUACUACGAGAUGUGCUGGUACGUGUUGGAGCGCUAUGUCUUCAGCAUGACAAAGACCUCCUACCUCACACCAGAGUUUCAGAAACACACACUGGGCAUCGGUCUGAAGAAGCCGCCCAGCUCAGAUCCAGCCAGUGAGCAGGUGAAAGAGGAAGAGCAGGAUGAUGGCAGUGAUGAAGAGGAUUCAGAGCAGCAGUCUGAGAAGCCUGCAGUGAAAGUUCAUCUGACUCCCCUCGAGCUGGAGGGAAUGUGGAACCUGCUGGGUAAACUGGAGGCUCUGCCCUCCAACAAGAAGUGUGUCCCAGCGGGCAUACACAACGCCCCAGCACUCAUUACACACAUCAAGGCUCUACUGAAGGAACAUGCCAAUGACAAUCCCAAACUGUCCUACACAGGAAAACCCAUCAUCAGGUGGCCAAAAAGACCCUCAUGGUACCAGCCUCCUCCUCCUCCACCGCCUCCUCCUCGUCCUAAAUUGGCCACCACUCCCAUCGUCCCACGACCACAGAAACCAGCCUCCUCCAUGUCUGUGCUGAGACGCCGCAGGGUCAGGUGUAAGCGCUGUGAAGCCUGUAUGAGACCGGAGUGUGGAGACUGUAACUUCUGCAGAGACAUGAAGAAAUUUGGAGGACCAGGGAAGCUCAAGCAGACCUGUGUGCUACGACAGUGUCUCUCUCCGGGUCUUCCUCUGUCUGCAGUUUGUGAGAUCUGCAAGGAGCCCAAUCAAGAGGAAACUGGAGACCCCUCCCUCACGCUGAUGGAGUGCUCCAACUGUGCACAGAUCGUCCAUCCCGCUUGCCUCACGGUUCAGGGUGAAGGAGUAGUGAACAAAGACCUGCCUAGCUGCUGGGAGUGUCCAAAGUGUGUCCAAGGAAUCACUGACCAAGAGUCCAAAGGAGAGAAAGGUGAAGGCCUCCCAGCGAAGCGGAAAUCCUCCACCCUGCUGGAUGCUCGUAUGGCUAAGAUUUACAGACGACACAGACACAGUCGUGAUGGAGACGACUCUGCCAGUGAUGACGAUGAUGAAGCCUCCCAGAGAAGAAAGAUGCUCCAUGCCCGAGGGGGGAGCCACUCCUCCAGGAGGGGCUUCAGUGCCAACAGGAGAGGCCUGCUGAGAGGAGGCUCGGCCCACAGAGGAAACAGAGGAGGAAUCAUGACUCCUGGCUCCUCCUCCGUCCUCAGGCUGAAGCGAGGGAUAGGCAUGAGGGACGGUGCACGGAGGGGACGAGGGGUGAGGCUGAGGGGAGGCUCCAGGAUGCAGCGAAGAGGAGACGAGUCAGAGGAUUCGGACGAUGACGACGAUGAUGACGAGGAAGAGGAGGAGGAAGAGGAGGACAGUGAGGAUGGAGACAAAGAACGACUGCAGCGUCGCCGUAGGAGGAGGCGCAGGACUGAUGAUGAUGAAGAUGAGGAUGAGGACAGUGAGGGGCAGGACUUUGACCCCGAAGAGGAGGAGAUGGACACGCUAGAAGAUGAAGAGGAGGAAGAAGAGGAUGUGGAGGAGGAAGGACGCUGGGAUUCAGACCCAGAACCGCCGGUCCUCCUGGUGUCUGAUCUGAAUGACGACCUGUUGAGUGGCUCCUACCUGACGGUCACUCUGCAGCGCCCCCACAAGGCCAAGAGACACUCUGGCUCCAUAGUUCCAAAGCUAGAAGCAGCGAUGGGUCUGAGGACGGCUGCAGUGGGUGCUGGAGGUCAGCAGGGCUUCAUCCAGAGGAAGACGGCUCUGUCCAAACCGUCACGACUGAAGGGCGGUGACGCCACAGCUGACAGUGCAACGCCAAGAGGACCCGGGAGGCCACGUCUCCGGGGUAACCAUGGCGACAAAGGCACUAGGGAUCACUCUGCGACUUCCUCAGAGGAAGAGAACGCUGCUCCUUCUUCUGCGCCCUCCUCCUUGUCUCCUCCAUCCCUGCUGUCUCUGCCGUCCUUCAAAGACGUGGGCAACGAAAGAGGAGGGGAGAAGGAGGUGUGGGUGUCAGUCUUCAAGUACUUGAACAGAGCGGAGCUGCUGGCCUGCAUGACCGUCUGUAAAGCCUGGUACAAGUGGAGCUGUGACAAGCGUCUGUGGAGCCACGUGGACGUGAGUCGGUGCAGCCCGCUCAGCAACCAGGCCCUAGCAGGCAUCAUUAAACGCCAGCCCACCUCUCUGGACCUGUCCUGGACCCCCCUGGCCAAGAGACAGCUCAACUGUCUGCUCACCAGGCUCCCAGGUCUGAGGGAGUUGAGGGUUACCGGUCUGUCCUGGUCCUGUCUGUCAGCGAUGGUCUCUCCCACUCUGCCCUACCUGCGGCUGCUGGACCUGCGCUGGUGUGAAGGCAUUAAAGAUGCCCAGAUUAAAGAGCUCAUCAUUCCGCCUGGUUCGGAGUCGUCUCGCAGUAGACUGAGGAACAUGGUGACGCUGCGUCUGUCCGGUCUGGACAUCAGUGAGUCCACUCUGAGGCUGCUGCAGCGCCACAUGCCCCAGCUGGAGAGGCUGGACCUCGCUCACUGCAAAGAAAUAACAGACUCGUCCAUCACCCUGCUGGCAGCGGCCGGGACUCACAGCCGCAACAGCCUCACUGAACUCACACUGGCAGGUUGCAAUGAGCUGACAGACGGCUGUCUGUCCUACCUGAAGCGUCUCUCCUCUCUGACGCUGCUGGACCUCAGAGGCUGUAAGAGCAUCAGCAGGCGCGCCUGUGAUGCCUUCAUCUCUGACCUGUCCCACGUCGCCCUCUUCUGUAUGAUGGAGGAAAAACUCAUCCAGCGCCUGGAUUAACACAAACCGCUCGAUACAGCACCCACAGUUUCAUCGUCAGCUGGAGGAGGUAUGUUUGUUCUUCAGAACAGGAGGAGCAACAAACCUGGAGCAUCAGAAACGUUACAUCUAAACACAGUUGCAGUGGUGGCUCUAUAGCUCCCAAAAUUGCAAUUUCUUCUGUUAUAAAAUUUAAAUGAAGACACUUUUUGUGUUUUGGGAAGGUUUGUUUUUAUCACUGUUGAUGGAAAAAGGCUGGCAUUUUCCCGUGGUUGUCUUCGUGCUAGCUGAGGCUAAACACUCAAACUUGAAAUUUAUAUCAAUGUUCUCAUCCUGAAAGACUACAAACAGGCAACAUUACAACGUUAUACAACGUUCUACUAAAUCUACUACAACGUUCUCUUCUUAUCUUCUGUCAUCGCUAGAAUAUACAUAUAACGUUUAACCAGAAGGCUAAAUGUGAAACUACCUUUACUGUGUACAGACUGACACGGGACUGCCUGUGAGACGUCUUUUAAUUAUUUUUUUAGUAAAAAUAAGGGAAAAGUAGAAAAAUGUGUUCACCAAGCUUUAACAAAUGAAAUGUAUUAUGGAGUAGUGUUCUGUGCGUGUACAGUGACUCUUGUGUAUAUAUGUUUAUUUUUUUAUGUUUCAUCCUUGUUAGGAUUCUGUUAAACAACCGAAUGUACAUUUUUUCUAACAGGGUUCAAAGCCUAAUAAAAUGUGAAAUAUCAAA